CGCUGCCCGCCUCCCUCCGCCGGCGCCAGUGUGUCCGCACGCGGGUGCGGGAGCGGGAGCGGGAGCAGCAGCGGCGCUGCCUCCUGCCCGCCCUACCUGCCUCCUGUCCCCCGCCGCCGCACCGUGCCGCUGCAGGGCCCGGGCCGGCUCCCCUGCCGGGGCUCCCUGCCCUCGCUGCCCAGUGCGGUUUAGUUGUUUUGGGGUGUGUUUGUGUGUGUGUGCUUUUUCCCUCCUUUCCUUCUUUCUUUCUUUUCUUAUUUUUUCUUCUCCACCCGGGAAUGCUCAAACUGGACUGAUGGACAUUUCCGAGCUGUGCAUCUCCGACCCGCUCGGCUACCACAACCAGCUGCUUGGGAGGAUGGCCACGGAGGAGCGGCACCUGUCCUCCAGCUGUGGGUCCUUCAUCAAGACUGAGCCCUCCAGCCCGUCUUCUGGCAUCGAUGCCAUCAGCCACCACAGCCCAAGUGGCUCCUCUGACGCGAGUGGUGGCUAUGGCAUUGCCAUGGGCAGCCACCCCAAUGGCCUGGACUCGCCACCUAUGUUCAACGGUGCAGGGAUUGGCGGUGGGUCCUGUCGUAAGCGUUAUGAUGACUGCGCCAGCGCCAUCAUGGAGGACUCGCCCACCAAGUGCGAGUACAUGCUCAAUGCGAUCCCCAAGCGGCUGUGCCUGGUAUGCGGGGACAUUGCUUCUGGGUACCACUAUGGAGUGGCUUCCUGUGAGGCAUGCAAAGCGUUCUUCAAGAGGACUAUUCAAGGGAAUAUUGAAUACAGCUGUCCGGCCACCAACGAAUGUGAGAUCACGAAACGGAGGCGCAAGUCCUGUCAGGCCUGCCGCUUCAUGAAAUGCCUCAAAGUGGGGAUGCUGAAAGAAGGUGUUCGUCUGGAUCGAGUCCGUGGAGGCCGUCAGAAAUACAAGAGGAGACUGGAUUCUGAGAGUAGCACUUAUCUGAGCUUACAGAUUCCUCCACCGGCUAAAAAGCCAUUGACUAAGAUCGUCUCCCACUUGCUGGUGGCAGAGCCAGAGAAGAUUUAUGCCAUGCCUGAUCCAACUAUGCCGGAGAGUGACAUCAAAGCCCUGACAACCCUCUGUGACCUGGCAGACAGGGAACUGGUGGUGAUCAUUGGCUGGGCAAAGCACAUCCCAGGGUUCUCCAAUCUCUCCCUUGGGGACCAGAUGAGCCUCCUGCAGAGCGCCUGGAUGGAAAUCCUCAUCUUGGGCAUUGUGUACCGCUCUCUGCCCUAUGAGGACAAGCUGGUCUAUGCUGAGGACUACGUUAUGGAUGAAGAGCACUCUCGUCUGACGGGGCUGCUGGAGCUCUAUCUGGCCAUCCUGCAACUGGUGCGCCGCUACAAGAAGCUCAAGGUGGAAAAGGAGGAGUUUGUCACACUCAAGGCCCUGGCCCUCGCCAACUCAGACUCCAUGCACAUAGAGGACAUGGAUGCAGUGCAGAAACUCCAGGACCUUCUCCACGAAGCCCUGCAGGACUACGAGCUGAGUCAGCGCAACGAGGAGCCCCGGCGAGCAGGCAAGCUGCUCCUGACCUUGCCUCUCCUGCGGCAGACUGCCGCCAAAGCUGUGCAGCAUUUCUACAGCAUCAAACUGCAGGGCAAGGUUCCCAUGCAUAAACUCUUCCUAGAAAUGCUAGAGGCAAAGGUCUGACGGCCCCCAGCACCAGCCAGCAGUGGCCGGGGAACAAACUAGAAACAAAGAUGCAGACAACGGAGCAAUCCAAACAGCAGCAGCAGCAGUCGCCGCCGGCUUUUAUCUCCAAUCAUUUAUUAUGGAAGAAUUAUUUAAUGUCUAUCUGUCGGCGUGACUGCAGAAUCUCGUGUACAGGAGGGGGGGGACUCUUUUAAUCAGUCACUUGUUUCUCUUUUUUUUUGUUUGUUUGUUUUCUCUGUGGGAAAUACCAGAAUAUGUUCUUGCACUUGUGGGGGUGGUCAUCGGGGUUCAGCCCCUCUGAGCAGUGAUGUUCUCAGCGCCAUCCAGGGCUGCCUGCUCCCCAGUUCCCUCCACCAGUGCUGGAGGGGUAGUGGGGACUGACCCAGGAAAAGAGGAAGAAUAGAGUCAAUAUAAACUUUAUCUGCUGGUGUUGCAAGGGGGUCAGAUAGAAAGGGAGGCAGCCAGGGUCCUUUUUUUGGUCACCUUUCUGGCUCUAACCCUAGGGCAAGUGCUCCUUGAGAGAAGAGCACUACUGGACCUCUCCCAAUCACAAUGGCUGCCUCCCAGGCUCCUCUAGCAACAGCUAAUACUUGUACAUACAGGCCCCACUUUUUACUGGGAAAGAUGCUCCUAACUGUGUAAAAUAUUCUGCGACCUUGUAUAGCGUGUCAUUACGCCUGACUACUCCCCUCCUGUGUACAAUCCCCACAGGCCCCUGAAGAGGUAGGAUGCAUGUCCCUGAGAGAAUGCAAGUCUCCUUUCCAAGAUGGCCAGACAAGAGAAAAGAGCCUGAUGUUAUCUUUCAGUGCUGGGUUGACUUGAUAAUCUCUGCAUCCUCUCCUAUGUGGUGCUAACUACAGUUCUUCCACACUUUUCAGCCUGUUGCGUCUCAAACCUGCCUCUUCAGCUCAGCCGAGUGCCAUUCCCCAUUCACCUUGUUCCUUGUAGCAGAGAACACAAGGUUUUUGUCUGCACUGUCACUGCCCAAGUAUUAAUAUACCCCAAACCAGGCCUUUUCUAGACUCCAUUAACACGAUGACUCUUUGCCGCCACAGAGACUUAGGGUUAUUGCCAAAUGCUAGUUCGGAAUCAGGGGAGUGACUUUUUGGAGGGCAGGAGGGCAGCUCCUGAACCUGAGAGAUCAUGUUUUGUGGCAGCCUAGGGACAGAAACUUGGAGAGUGGUGUGGAUCCCAUAUACCCCCUUCCCCUGCCGCAUCCCAUUAUCCUCAAUAGCAGCAGCAAAUGAGCUAGCAUAGACUAGCCCUGGGCCUGGUAAGAGGCCCUCUCUCUCUCUCUGACAAAAAAUUGUAUAUCUGAUCUCGAGGCGAGAUGUGGGGGAGAAGAAGAAGGGGAAUGUUUUUUUUACACCUCUCACGUAACCAGAUUCCUGCUGUGUCCAAACCCUGGUUUAGAUCUGCUGCCUAAGCCAGAAGUGCUGCAUUCCCAAUAGCCAGAGGGGAGCUCGGGUGACUGACAAAAAUGGCUGUUGGCAUU